CUGGGUUGUUUAAGACAUCAGUUGCAUUUGUUCGAUCCGACAAGUAAAACCAAACAAAAACCAAACCUCCCAAGAUGUUCAAGUUCGUCGCCGCCGUCAUCUUCGCUCUGUUUGCCUGCGUGGCCGCCAAGCCUGGACUCGUGGCUCCUCUGGCCUACUCUGCCCCCUACGUGGCCUCCCCCUACGUGGCGUCUCCAUAUGUGGCAUCGCCCUACGUGGCUGCUCCCUACUCCGCCGCCUACGCUGCUCCCUACACCGCCGCCUACACCGCCGCCUACGCCGCUCCCUAUGCCGCCUACACCUCUCCUCUUCUCCUGAAGAAGUAGAUUCCCGGAAGGAUGAUCGACUUAGGAGGAUAGCACGCCGACACUAGCAAUGAAACUGAAAUAAACUCGCAAACAACCGAA